AUGACUACAGCCUUAGAGCAUGAAGAUCUGGUCAAAGAGUUGCUAAAUGACAUUGAUGGAAACCUGGAGUCCGAGUCUUCUCCUGGUCAGUGUUGUAAUUACAGGGUACCUAAAGACAUUCGUAGAGUAAAUGAAGAAGCUUACACUCCUCAGUUAAUUUCAAUAGGUCUUUUUCACCAUGGCAAACAGAAAUUAGCUGACAUAGAAAAGAAGAAGAAACAAAUAACCCCCGAGGUGGAAGUUAAACAUUUCACAGAUUGGAAUAGAAUUAGUCUACUUAAAGGCUACCCAAGAUCAGAGUCAACCAAAGAAGAGGUUUAUGACUUACCUUGUGCAGUGAAGCUAAAUGAGUCAGGAAUAAAGUUGAAGGCUGACGAGAUUGAACUUCUACUCAGAAACAUUAUGGCUUUGGAGCAGUGUGUUUACCCAGGUGAUGCUUUGCUUAGCAAUUACGUUGACCUAAUGGAUUGUCUUAUCAAUACUGGAGAGGAUGUAGAUUUGCUUGUUGGAAGUCAAACUAUUUCAAAUUCUAUAGGGGACAAUGCUUCAGUAGCAAAUAUGUUUAACAAACUUAAUCAAAAUGUACCCAUAAGCCCAUGGUCAUACCAUCACAUAUGCAUGCAGCUCAAACAGCACUACAAAAAUCCUUGGAACAGAACCAAGACAACUUUGAAAAGAGUAUAUUUCAGCAAUCUAUGGAGAGGCACAACAACUGUCGCAGCAAUAAUACUUUUGUUUCUUACUAUUGUACAAACUGUGUGUGCUAUCUUGCAAGUUAUGUAA